AUGAGCAACUUACAAGUUCCGACGAAUAGUGGAGAGCGACAAGGUUCUCUACUUGACACAAUUAAAACCUUUAACUUGGAUAAUAUACAACAUGAUAUACGUCGUAACCUUGCGCAAGUAGAUCCGAGGUUACCCAAAGAAAUAAAGAAUAUUGCACUUUUAGUUACGGAAGAAAAAAACGUAUUGACAAGUUUGCAACAUGUUUCAGCGGAAAGAAAAGAAGCAAGUAAACUUCUUCAUGUGUGGGGAAAAGAUGUUGGAGACGACAUUUCCGAUAUUACUGAGAAGCUAAGUGACUUAUUUUCAAAAAUUGCAGAUGUUGAAAUCGUGAUGAUUGAAAAAGCUGGACAUUACCGUAAGAUUCUUAAAAAAAUUCGUGAGGCGGAAGAAAAAUUAAUCCCUCAUAGAGAAAAAAGACGUAAAAUCCAGGAGGAAAUUCAAAAAAUUCAAAAAUCCCAUCCAAAAUCACCACGUAUUCCAGAACUCCAAGCAGAUCUUGCAUAUGUAAAUAAAGAAGCUUCAAAUGAUGAAAUAGAGGUUGGAAAUGUGAUUAGGAAACAUCUAAAGGAAGCAUUAACAUUACGUCUUGAUUCUAUGUUUGAAUGCUCGGAAAAAGUUGCAAUUGUUACUGGUUUUGGAUUGGAGCUUGUUAAUCAAAUUGAUACUACGCCAUGCAAAACUGGUGAGAAAAGACCAGAAUAUAAAGGAAGGGAAAGCUCCCAUCAAAUAGUCAAAGAUUGUCAAGUCUCCUUGCUCCGCUGGCAAUCAUCAUCCCAAAACAUUCACGCUCUUUUGCCUGCCUUAACCAAUACCGCUCCUGCGGCGUUGGCUGCUCAAAAAGAAGAAUAUGAACAAAAGAUCCAACAACUUACUAGUUCAAUGAAUGCUUUGAAAGAUGAACAUGAUAAACAAAUUAAUGAAUUUUCUAGUAAAUUUGAAAAUCAGAAACAUGAAUACGAGACACAAAUCAACGAUUUUAUCGCCUCUUUAGCCGCCCAAAAAGAAGGUUAUGAGGCACAACUUAACGAUUUAUCUGCCGCCUUAUCCACAGAAAGGGAAACGGUUGCACUGAAAAUUAAAGAGUCUAAUGCUUCUUUAGAAACUCAAAAAGAGCAAUAUGAGGCAAAAAUAAGAGACCAUUUUCAAUCUUCAGAGACAAAAAUAAACGAAUUGACUGCUGCAUUGGAUGCUCAAAGGAAACAAUAUGAUGAGCAACUUCAGCAAUAUAAUGCUUUAUUGUCUACGAAACAAGAAUUUGAGGUUGCACUGAGAGAACGUGAUUCAAUUAUUACUAAACUUCAAACUGAUAUCAGUGGCGUUGCAAGUGAAAAAGGAAAGCUAAGUCAAGUUGUAAAAGAAUUGGAGGAAACUAUCAAAUCUAAAUCGACCACACUUGAACAAAAAGAGGAUAAAGUUGGUAAAUUAGAGAACGAAAUUUCCAGUAUAAAGGAUCAACUUGCUAAUUUAUCAAUUAGCGCAAAUGCUACAAAGCUCUCAGAUCCGGGUAAUCGUUCUAAUAGUAAAUCAGCUGAUGAGGCUUCUUCAGAUCCUCUGAUUGGACCACAUGUUCCACCAUUCCAAGCUGGCGGACAACAACCGCCACCAUCUGGUGGUGGAUAUGUGUACCAAGGACCGUAUGGAAAUUAUAGUCCACAACCUCCUCAGUUCUAUCAAGGUCAACAACAGUUUUAUACCCCGGGUCAAUCACCAUAUGGCUAUCAGCAACAACCCAUUUAUGGACAGCAAGGACCACCUUCAGGCUAUCAAGCAUCAGGUUAUCAGCAACAGCAACCUUACGGGCAACAAGGUUCAUUUGUUGGUGGAUUCAUGCUUCCCGAUGAUGCACCUCCAGGUUAG